UAGUGUAUAGAUAUCUAUGGUGAAAGUGAAAGUGUUUCUCCCUCCGAAUCGACUCCAUUUUGUGAAGCGUUUGUACAAGUUAAAACAUCUUUAUCAGCAGCAGAAACGGUGAUAUUAAUGUGACAGAACAAGGCCUGUUGUCUAAAGGAGUGUGAUCCAUUCCAUCAGAAGAGAUCAGACUCUUCAGGACUCAGCUGUGUGUUUGUGUGUAAACUUUACUAAUAUAUAAAGAUGGAGACUCCUUAUCUGGACACAGAUAAUGUUUCUACACCAUCAAACAUCUGUAAACUCCAGGGAAAGAGAUCAGAAUCACCAACACACAGCUGUAUCUCCAUGAAGAGUGAUCAGUCUAUUGAGGUUCCUGUGAGGUUUAAAGAUGGAGACUCAUCACUUCUACACAGUAAACUCAAGAGAAAGAGAUCAGAAUCACCAACACACAGCUGUAUCUCCAUGAAGAGUGAUCAGUCUAUUGAGGUUCCUGUGAGGUUUAAAGAUGGAGACUCAUCACUUCUACACAGUAAACUCAAGAGAAAGAGAUCAGAAUCACCAACACACAGCUGUAUCUCCAUGAAGAGUGACUGGUCUAAGGAUCUUCCUCUGGGGUUUAAAGAUGGAGACUCAUCACUUCUACACAGUAAACUCCAGGGAAAGAGAUCAGAAUCACCAACACACAGCUGUAUCUCCAUGAAGAGUCAUGAGUCUAUGGAUCAUCAUCAGGAGGUUAAAGCUGUAGACUCCUCACUUCUACACAGGUACGACCCAGAAUCUGCUGGUGGGAAUGAAUUCCAGAAAAAGUUCAAAUUAAAUCUGAUGAAGAAGUUUCAGUGUUUGAAUGGAGUGAUAAUAAACCUGGGAACCCAAACACUCCUGAAUGAGAUCUACACAGAGCUCUACAUCACAGAGGGAGACAGUGGAGAAGUCAAUAAUGAACAUGAGGUGAGGCAGAUCGAGGCAGCAUCCAGGAGAACAACAACAGAGGAAACACCAAUCAAAUGCAAUGACAUCUUUAAGCCUUUAUCUGAACAAGACAAACCCAUCAGAACUGUGCUGACAAAGGGAGUCGCUGGCAUCGGAAAAACCGUCUCUGUGCAGAAGUUCAUUGUGGACUGGGCUGAAGGGAAAGUAAAUCAGGACGUCCACCUCAUAUUUCCACUUCCUUUCAGAGAGCUGAACUUGAUGAAGGACCAGAAACUGAGUCUGAUGGAGCUCCUUCAUGUCUUUUUUAAGGAAACAAAAGAAACAGAAAUGUCCAGUCUGGAAAAGGUUCUGUUCAUUUUUGACGGAUUGGACGAGUGUCGUUUUCCUCUAGAUUUCCAGAACACAGUGAGAGUGUGUGAUGUAACUGAAUCAGCAUCAGUGCCUGUGCUGCUGAUAAACCUGAUCAAAGGGAAUCUGCUUCCCUCUGCUCUCAUCUGGAUCACCUCCAGACCUGCAGCAGCUGAUCAAAUCCCCUCUGAGUGUUUGGAUCGAGUCACAGAGGUACGAGGGUUCAAUGACCCACAGAAGGAGGAGUACUUCAGGAAGAGGAUCAGUGAUCAGAGCCUGACCAAUAACAUCAUCACACACCUGAAGUCAUUAAGAAGCCUCUACAUCAUGUGUCACAUCCCAGUCUUCUGCUGGAUUACAGUCACUGUUCUAGAGAGAAUGUUGGGUGAAGCAGAGAGUGGAGAGAUCCCCAAGACUCUGACUCAAAUGUACACACACUUCCUCAUCAUUCAGACAAACAUCAUCAGAGAAAAAUACUCAAAGAAGCAGGAGAGUGAUGAAGAAAUGCUCCUUAAACUGGGACAACUGGCUUUUCAGCAGCUGAAGAAAGGGAACCUGAUCUUCUAUGAUGAAGACCUGAGAGAGUGUGGUAUUGAUGUGAGAGAAGCAGCAGUGUACUCAGGUGUGUGUACUCAGAUCUUCAGAGAGGAGUUUGGGCUUCACCACAGUAAAGUGUACUGCUUUGUUCAUCUGAGCAUUCAGGAGCAUCUCGCAGCUCUGUAUGUGCACCUGACCUUCAUGAAGGAGAAGAGAAAUGUUCUUAAACAGAAUCAGGUCUCUGAACGUUGGAUGAAAGAAAAUACAAUCUCAAAUGUACACAGAGUUGCUGUAUUUCAGGCUUUAAAAAGUAAGACUGGACAUCUGGAUCUUUUCCUUCGCUUUCUUCUGGGUCUCUCACUGAAGUCCAAUCAGAAACUCUUACAUGUUUUAGUAAAAAAGGCAGGAAGUAGCUCCCAGAGCAUAAAGGAAACAGUUCAGUACAUUAAGAAGAAGAUAAGUAAAAAUCUUCCUACAGAGAAAUCCAUCAAUCUGUUCCACUGUCUGAAUGAACUGGGUGAUAAUUCUCUAGUGGAGAAAAUCCAACACUACCUGAAAUCUGGAAAACAAAGUAAACUUUCUUCUUCACAGCUUUCUGCUCUGGUGUUUGUGUUACUGACAUCAGCACAGGAGCUGGAUGAGUUUGACCUGAGUAAAUAUUUCAGUACAGAUAAGAUAACAGAAGAUGUUGUUCUGAAGAUGAUGCCUGUGAUUGAAGCAUCCAGUAAAGCAAUUAUCAGCUGUGAUUCACUUGGAGUAAAAAGUUGGUCAUCUCUGGUCUCAGCGCUCAGAUCAGAAACCUCCAAACUGAGAGAACUUCAUCUGACUGUGAAAACACUGAAUCUGUCUAGGAAUAAACUCGGAGACUCAGAAGUGAAGAUUCUCUCUGCUGUACUGGAGAAUCCUCACUGUAAAGUGGAGACACUGAAGUUGUGUGAUUGUGAUGUCUCAGAUGAAGGCUGUGCUGCUCUGACUUCAGCUCUGAGAUCAAACCCCUCACACCUGAGAGAACUGGAUCUGUCCUGUAAUAAACUAGGAGACUCAGGAGUGAAGAUUCUCUCUGCUGUACUGGAGAAUCCUCACUGUAAACUGGAGACACUGAGGUAA